CGUCACCGGUCGAGAGACGAAUCAGCAAUUCGGGUUGGCCGAUUUCGUGUACUCCCGACGAACCUCGGAAGAGGAAGGGUCAAGAAUCUGGUCAUCGGCCCUUGGAAGUAUCGUCUCGAGGAUGUGAGAUGUCCGCGUCAUGUCCUCGUCUCUGGUCACCGUGGCGUGGUGCCCUCUGGGGCGCCGCGCGCGAGUAUUGACGAUGGCACGACGAUCACGGGUCCCACCGUGCCCCUCGAAUGACACGGUGACAGGGCGGGGCGGGCUUUUUCAGGCAGGGGUUGCCCCAGCUGGGGGCUCUGGCGCGUUUGGAUGUCUUCACUUCAGUGCACUUCGCGGCUCGCAGUUUCUGCGAAACUCGAUUCAGACUACUCUUGGACUGUGGUGCCUUCGUAUUUUUUCCCUCCUCGUACCCGUCAUGGGUAUUUGCUGCUUUGCAUUCGGGGAUUGCUAUUCCACCGAGAUAUCUGUAGACAGAUCCGUCGAGGUACGCAUGCUAUCUGUGUCGCAGCUGUGGGGGGUCAACUGCGGAAGCUCGAUAGCGUUGCGCGUCACUAGCGUUUCGGAGUUCGAUGUAUCGCAUCAGAGGGGUAUAUAGUGAUGCGUUUGAAAGAGAUUUUAAUAACCCUACGAACACGCUCAGUGCACAGCUGACGCAGUAUUGACUCGCGUAUGACAUGCCGUUCAACAGUUGAUGUUUGGCGCACGGGCCCUUCCCAAAGGUCGUUAUAAGAAGCGCGAUGUUUCAAUAGCGUCG